ACAACGCCUCAACCCCUCAACGCCUUCACCGUGAACGCCAUUGAUAUUUCAGAGCAGCAGUCGAAACUAAAAUUCAUCCACAGCUGUCACGAUGGCCGAUAAAGGAAAGGAAGCCCCCAAAAAUACGGAACAAAAGAACCAAUUGACCCGUGCCAUGCCCGAACAGAGCAACGACUAUCGUGUUGUUGUGUUUGGUGCUGGUGGUGUGGGAAAGAGUUCGCUGGUCUUACGUUUUAUUAGGGGAACCUUCCGCGAAACUUAUAUACCGACCAUUGAGGACACCUAUCGACAGGUUAUAAGUUGCAAUAAAAAUAUUUGCACUCUGCAAAUAACCGACACAACAGGCUCACAUCAAUUUCCGGCUAUGCAAAGACUGUCCAUAACCAAAGGCCAUGCGUUCAUACUGGUAUAUUCAGUUUGCUCGAAGCAAAGUUUAGAGGAGCUGCGACCCAUAUGGCAAAAUAUUAAGGAUCUUAAGGGGCCGGACGUUGUCAAUAUACCAGUUAUGUUGGCGGGUAAUAAGAGCGAUGAAAGUGCCGAGUUACGUGAGGUAUCACAAGCUGAGGGGCAGGCACAGGCAGCCGCCUGGGGCAUAUCGUUCAUGGAGACAUCGGCCAAAACCAAUCACAACGUCACUGAAUUAUUUCAGGAGCUGCUCAACUUGGAGAAAUCGCGCAUUGUGUCGCUGCAGUUGGAUGUCAAAAAGCAAAAGAAGCAGAAAAAGGAGAAGAAAAGUAAAGAAAGUAACGGUGCCAUACCGGAAAACAGCGAUGGGGCAGCUGGAGCCAAGGAGAAAUGUCAACUGAUGUAA